AUGGGCAGUCGCGUUUCCGUCACGAUGGUUGUGCUCAACUCGACCUUAAAUAACCAGACAAGUCUGGUGUCCAACCUCAAAGAUCUCCUGGUCGAGAGAGAUGUCCCCAGCAAUACUAGCGAUACCUCGAGCGUGGUGAACCUGCCAAUCAACUCGACUCACAAUCUGACGGCCCGGGAGAAUGACACUAGUCUCCCAGUCAUGGAGGUUGCUCCGCCAUACGACUUCAGCUGUCGCGCCACCGUCCACUGCGACUGGGGCUAUUACUGCUACAAGGGGAUCUGCACACUCGGCUGCGAGACUGAUGAUGACUGUCUCGUGGGGCAAAAAUGCAAGCGCAACCGAGGAGUCCAGAAAUGCUAUCGCGAUAAUGGUCGGCAGGGGGAGUGCUCUGCGUUGCUUCGUUUCUGCUCAUACAAUGAACAGUGCUGCUCUGGUUACUGCGGUCGGCAUCGGAGCAUGUAUAUGAUGUGCCACAUGAACCCAAUUACACAGGAGGAGGAGCAGGGGGGGGCAGGAGAACCAGACUGA